AUGUUUGGGUUCCGUAAGCGUAAAGGAACUUCUUCGCUCCCAAUUAGUCCGUUGCGAGUGUUCUAUAUAUUUCUAGUCUUACUUUGGUUAGUGGUAUUCCUUGCCGUAUUCUCUUCCUCCAGGGCAAAUGAAGAUCAAAAUCCACAACAACAACAACAACAACAACAUGAAGAAAAACAUGAAAAGGAAGCAGAGCAAAAAGAUCAAAAUCCACAACAACAACAACAAGAACAACUAAUUGGGUCGAUAACAUUAGAUUUACAUCGUAUUACAGAUCCAGUAAAUGAGUUAGUUGCAGAUGAGACAUUCCUGCAAUUACAUCAUGGUAUUUAUCGUGUGAUGAGUCCUCUCAUGGAUGGUUCCGGUGAUUUCAUUAAGUUUGCAUUUAAAACGGAAUGUCGUCCUGCCGCAUUAUGGCAUGGGCAACAGGGAUGGACAGAAGUUGCCUUUCAUACAUUUCAACAAUUAUUUUAUGAAGACGCAAGAGAAGGAUUGAUAUAUCCAAAAGCUGGACUUGCUCGUGGUGUGGUACUCGCUAUUACGGAAAAACAAUUAGAGAAGGUUGUACAUAGGGAUCAUUGUGGGGAAUUAAAUGAAAAGAUGAUCAUAUCUUUAGAAGAAGUACUUGGAGGAGGAAAGAAAUUACUUCGAGGAGAGAAUCGUAUGGGUAAUCAAGGUAAUAUUAAUGCAACUGUACUUUUAAUUGGUGUAGCUCUCACUUGGGAAGACUCUUAUGAUGAUGCCGUUUAUCCUUCUACAUCUGUUUAUGCACCUUAUUUUACAGUUCCUCCUAUUUCUGUAAAGAUGAAUUUUAAAGAUAUUCAUCGAUUUGAAUUAUAUGAAAUAUCAGAUGUGAUGGUGUUUGAUUAUCUUCUUCAUAAUCCAGAUCGAUAUCUUAAGAACUGGUUUAAAGAUAAGGCAACACGUACACAUACUAUUUUAAUGGAUAAUGGUUGGGCUUUUGCAGGUCCAAAGUUUGAUUCAUCUAUUUGUGAAGUUGAAAGUAUACUCUUAUCGUGUCCCUCACCUCUUCGGGCGUGGGUGAGUCGAAAAAGAUCCAUCUGGCGAUGUAAACAGCUUAACACUCUAGAUAAUGAUGAUGAUGAUAUUAAUAAUAAUAAUAAUAAUAAUAAUGGAAUGAAUAACAAUACUAUCGCCAAAUCUUCUAAACCAAAUGUAUUGAAAUGGUGUAGAUUCCGUCCAGAUACACUUGUAGCACUUAACCGAACACGUUCUCAUUGGCAUAAUGAGAGUUACCCAAAAGGUGCCAUUUCUAAACGUUGGUUAGAUAAACUUUAUUCAGACAUUCUCAUUGCUUUUUUAUUGUAUACUUAUGGAUCAGACACAAAUCAUCAUGGUUUUAAUAUGGCACUAGCUCGCUACGUGAAGAAGGGUUGUUCAUUACCUCCAUCGCAUUCACAUCAAAAUCCCGAAUUGAUAUCACGUUAUCUCUUACAGUUGCUGGAAGCUGGUUUAAUGGCUCGUAUGGAUAGAUUGGCUUUACACGCAGAGAAGUGUCUGCAAAAGUAUGGGGAAACAUAUGUUUAUGGGUUUGACGUCAAGGAAUAA